CAUCCAUUGUCAACUCUCCAUCUCCCCCAUCUUUACUUCCCAGCCGUUAGAUCAUCUCUCAUCAACGGCCACUAAUUCUUACUACUUUAUCUAUAACUGUAAAAACAUUAAUUGGUGUAUUUAACAGUUAUGUUACACUGUGCACUGUGCUAGUGUUCAUUUAUUUAUGUAACUUGUGUGUAUAUCUGUGUGUAUAUAUAAGUUGCUUGAGCAAGCUUUAGCUGUUCAUAAAGAUAAAUCUCAGGAGCUCUUUUUGGGUGAUUUUACUUUCUGGGCUUCAAUUAUUCAAGCUCUGGGUUUUGAUUAGUACUCACUAACUUGGAAGAUGGAGAGAUCCUGGUAUGGAGUGGUUAUUGUUGGGUUUGUGAUCUUUGUUUGAUUUUGUGGGGAAGUGGUGGUUUUUAAGUUUGCAAGCAAAUUUUGUUUUGGGAGGGAUUGAGGAGUGAAAAUGGUGUCAAGAUCAUACUCAAACCUCUUGGAGCUUGCCUCGGGUGAGGGUCCAUCACCAUCUUUAGGGCGAAUGAGUCGGAGAAUUCCAAGAGUUAUGACUGUUCCUGGCAUAAUCUCUGAUCUUGAUGGUGACCCAUCUGAGAGUGUGUGCUCUGAUGAUAUAUCUUCGGUUGCUCAAUCAGAUAGACUAAUAAUUGUAGCUAAUCAGCUGCCUAUUAAGGCCCAACGUAAAACAGAUGGUAGCAAUGGUUGGACUUUUAGUUGGGAUGAGACCUCACUUCUCCUCCAGCUGAAAGAGGGGUUGGGUGAUGAUGAUAUUGAAGUUUUUUAUGUGGGAACACUUAAAGAAGAAAUCCCCCCAAAUGAGCAGGACGAGGCCUCUCAAAUCCUCCUGGAGACGUUUAAUUGUGUGUCCACCUUUCUACCCCCUGAUCUCUAUAGUAGAUAUUACCAUGGGUUCUGUAAGCAGCAGUUGUGGCCGUUGUUUCAUUACAUGUUACCUUUAUCACCGGAUCUUGGUGGUAGAUUUAAUCGCUCACUUUGGCAGGCUUAUGUUUCAGUUAAUAAGAUAUUUGCAGAUAGGAUUAUGGAGGUGAUUAAUCCUGAAGAUGAUUUUGUGUGGAUUCAUGACUACCAUCUCAUGGUAUUGCCCACCUUUCUGAGAAAGAGAUUUAACCGGGUGAAACUUGGGUUUUUCCUUCAUAGUCCAUUUCCAUCAUCAGAGAUCUAUAAGACUUUACCAAUCAGAGAGGAACUCCUCCGAGCAUUAUUGAAUGCUGAUCUGAUUGGUUUUCAUACAUUUGAUUAUGCUCGUCAUUUUCUCUCGUGUUGUAGUCGCAUGCUUGGUCUAUCUUAUGAAUCUAAGAGAGGUUAUAUUGGCCUAGAGUAUUAUGGCCGAACUGUUAGCAUCAAGAUACUUCCUGUUGGUAUUCACAUGUCUCAACUUCAAUCUGUUUUGAGCCUUCCAGAGACUGAAGCAAAGGUUGCUGAUCUUAUGACACAGUUUCGUGAUCAAGGUAAGAUCAUGUUGCUUGGGGUAGAUGAUAUGGACAUUUUUAAGGGCAUUAGCCUGAAGUUGUUGGCCAUGGAACAGUUGCUUAUUCAACAUCCAGAGUGGCAGGGAAAGGCUGUUUUGGUUCAAAUAGCACUACCAGCUAGAGGUCGUGGAAAAGAUGUGAAGGAAGUUCAGGCCGAGACUGAUUCCACAGUAAAGAGAAUCAAUGAAACAUUUGGAAAACCAGGAUAUGAGCCAGUCAUCUUAAUUGAUCAGCCUUUAAAAUUUUGCGAGAGAAUAGCGUAUUAUGUGGCUGCCGAGUGUUGUUUGGUUACAGCAGUAAGGGAUGGAAUGAAUCUCAUACCAUAUGAGUACAUAAUUAGCCGCCAAGGGAAUGAGAGGCUCGACCAGGUGCUUGGCCUGACCUCUAACACUCUGAAAAAGAGUAUGCUGGUAGUGUCAGAGUUCAUUGGGUGCUCUCCUUCUUUAAGUGGAGCUAUUCGAGUGAACCCGUGGAAUAUUGAUAUUGUUGCAGAGGCUAUGGAUUGUGCCUUGGAAAUGGCAGAGCCAGAGAAACAACUACGACAUGAGAAACAUUAUAGAUAUGUAAGCACCCAUGAUGUUGGGUAUUGGGCUCGUAGUUUCUUGCAAGAUUUGGAGAGGACGUGUAAAGAUCAUGUGGGACGAAGAUGCUGGGGCAUUGGAUUUGGGUUAAGUUUCAGGGUUGUAGCACUUGAUCCAAAUUUUAGAAAGCUCUCAAUGGAGCACAUUGUUUCAGCUUAUAAGAGGACUACAACUCGAGCAAUCCUUUUGGAUUAUGACGGCACAUUGAUGCCUCAGUGUGCAAUUGACAAGAGCCCAACCUCUAGAACCAUAGAAGUCCUGAACAAUUUGUGCAGGGAUAAAAACAAUAUGGUCUUUAUUGUCAGUGCUAGAAGUCGAAAUACUUUAAGUGAAUGGUUCUCUGAAUGUGAGAAUUUGGGCAUUGGAGCUGAACAUGGUUUCUUCUUUAGACUAAACAAACAUGCCGAAUGGGAAACAUGUGCACCGGUAGUAGAUUGUAGUUGGAAGCAGAUAGCAGAACCUGUCAUGAAGCUGUACACUGAGACAACUGAUGGAUCAACAAUUGAAGACAAGGAAACUGCAGCAGUCUGGUGUUAUGAGGAUGCAGAUCCUGAUUUUGGUUCUUGUCAAGCUAAAGAACUACUUGAUCAUCUUGAAAGCGUACUGGCCAAUGAACCAGUGACGGUCAAAAGCGGGCAGAAUGUUGUGGAGGUUAAGCCCCAGGGCGUAAGCAAGGGGCUAGUAGCAAAACGCCUACUAUCUGCUAUGCAAGAGAGAGGGAUGAUACCAGAUUUUGUUCUGUGCAUAGGAGAUGACAGAUCAGAUGAAGAUAUGUUCGAGGUUAUAACCAGUUCCAUUGCAGGUGAAACGAUAGCGUCAAAGACCGAAGUAUUUGAAUGCACUGUCGGUAAAAAACCCAGCAAGGCCAAGUACUAUCUUGAUGAUACCAUGGAAAUUGUCAGGCUGAUGCAGGGAUUAGCUUAUGUUUCAGAACAAGCACUACUGGAGAUGCCGCGUUAGACUUUUUUCCUUUUCCUUACUUUCCAUAUCAGCUGUAAAUUUGUGAAAUAUGAGAAAGUCGAGUCAGUGACACUCUUGUUUUGGUCUAGCAAAAAAUGUGCAUAGCUAUUAGCUAUUUUCAUCCCCAGAA